CCGAGGGCAUCGUGUACUUAACUGAGCCUGAAUGCCGUCCAAAAUGUCGCGAAUAUUUCCUCCUCGUUAGAUCUUCAUAGUCUGUCUGCAUUACCCAAAUACCAUAUUAUAUACUCAUUCAUCGACCCAGUCCCUCAUCAAAGUGCUAAUUGGAGUGCUCUUUGUCUUGAUUAACGUCACUUAUUAAUAGUUCAGCAGAGAUAUUCAUCAGUCAUGGCGGGCCUAUUGAAGGGAAAGCUGGCGUUGGUGACGGGGUCAUCCAGAGGUAUCGGAGCCGCCAUCGCUGCCAACCUGGCCGCAAAAGGCAGUGACGUGGUUCUCAACUAUACAUCAUCGUCAUCUGAGUCCAUCACCAAGGAGCUCUCCGACACCCUGAUCAGCCAGCACGGCAUUAAGACCUACAUCGUCCAGGCCGACCUCGGCACACCAGGCGGACCCGCUGAGCUGAUCAAACUUGUCAAGGGGCAGUUCACCUCGGCCAACAGCGACCGGCCCUUCCAGAUCGAUAUCAUUGUAAACAACGCCGGCAUUGCCCUCAACGACAAAAUCCCAGACCUCACGACGGAGCAGUUUGAGAAGACAUACCGCGUCAACGUCCUCGGCCCGCUGCUCCUCAUUCAGGCUGCAGAGCCGUACCUGCCGACCGACCGCUCCGGCCGCGUCGUCAACUUGUCGUCUGUGUCCAGCGCCACUGGGUUCGUGGGACAGAGCGUCUACGGUGGCACCAAGGCCGCCCUCGAGGCCAUGACGCGCACCUGGGCCCGCGAGCUCUCGGAGCGCUGCACCGUCAACGCCGUCAACCCAGGUCCCGUGCUGGGGCCCAUGUACGCGUCCAACACGGACGAGUUCAAGGCCCAGAUCAAGGGCUGGAUCGAACACACGCCGUUGAUGCGGCCGAGGGAGGGCAUCGACUCUCAGGAGCUGGUCGAGGAUGCCAAGACGAGCGGCGGCAGGCCUGCGUACCCGAGCGAGGUUGCUGGUAUCGUCGGCAUGCUGUGUACGCCUGACGCGGCCUGGUGUACGGGUCAGGUUGUUUGUGCCAACGGUGGUAUGAUCCUGUAGAUAAUCAAGCCUGGGCUUCUUGCUAAAGCGUUUUCGAGAUAUGCUUAUAAAGAAAAGUCACCACAUACAUUUUGGAAAAUCAGCAUUAUCAACGGCAGCGCAUCUUUUAUGUGUGCUUCCGAAGUUGGCAUGCUAAGCGAGUCAUGAGAACUGAGAGCCAGGUACUUCUCACAAGACCAGCGUUAAAGGGAUAAAGGGGAGGCGGGCAACAUCAAUGUCGUUUUGGUUAGGUGUGAUAUUGAACUUUACCUGGCCUAGGAGAGAAGCGGGAGCACAACGACGCACUGGACAAGACUUCUUGAAAAUUUGCGAGCGCAGCCACCCAGGGCCGUUCCCCGGCCUGACCUAUGACGAAGACCUUGCUUUCAAUCAGAAAACGGGCUAACACUUCCUAGGCCGAUCUGGCCAUUGUAGUGAGGAAUAUUCCCUUGUUGGAAAUCUCGUUGCGACGCUACCUUGGCUCCAAGAGCGUGUGAUUUCUUACCUACCCGACUUAGGAUAAAGUUCGACAGCCAAGUUUUUAAUGCGAAAUCAGGCCCGGCUAUCCAAGAUAGGAC